AUGGAAGCGACGGCGGUGAGCUUGGCGAGGUCCGUGCUGGACGGCGUGCUGAGCAGCGCGGGCUCUGCGGUCGCCGACGAGGUCGCGCGGCUCCUGGGCGUGCCCAAGGAGGUGGAGUUCAUCCGCAACGAGCUGGAGAUGAUGCAAUCCUUUCUUAGGGUGGCCUCGGCGCGCCCCGACGCCGCCGCGCGCAACGACACCGUGCGGACCUGGGUGAAGCAGGUGCGCGACCUCGCCUACGACGUCGAGGACUGCCUCCUCGACUUCGCCCUCUACUCGGCCACCGUCUCCUCGUCGACGUGGUCCUGGCUCCCGGCCCCCCUGGCCGAACGCCGCCGCAUCGCCGCGCGGAUCCGGGACCUCAAGGCCAGCGUCGAGGAGCUGAACCAGCGCAACCUGCGGUACCACGUCAUCGUCGACCACUGCCCCCCGAUGCGUGGCGUCGAGGUGGAUGUUGGUCAGCAGCAGCUGCUCCCGGACCAGGACGUGCUCUCCGCCGCAGAGGUGGCGUUCCAGGAGUGGGACAUCAUCGGGCGAAGCAGCGAGAAGGCCGAGCUCAAGGACAAGAUCUUGGGCGGCGACGGCCCUAAGUUAGGCGUCGUGUCGGUGUGGGGGAUGGGCGGCAUGGGCAAGUCGUCGCUGGUGAGCAUCGUGCGCAACGACCCGGUGCUCCUCGACGCGUUCGACUGCGGCGCGUGGGUGACCGUGCCGCACCCGCUCGACAACGCCGACGAUUUCAGGCGGUGCCUUAGAAAACAGCUCCAGCUCGGAGCGGCAGCGCACGACGAGCCGGCGGACGCCAUCCGGGUCCGGGAGCACCUCAAGGACAAGCGGUACGUGAUUGUAGUCGAUGAUCUGCUCUCGCAGGAGGAAUGGACGCAUGUAUGGCAAGUCCUCAACUUCCACAACGGCAAGGGAAGCCGUGUAAUCGUCACUACGCGCCGCCAGGACGUCGCCCGGCACUGCGCCGGAAACGUUGGUGAGGGGUAUGGCCUUGUCUACGAGCUCAAGCCACUUGGGGAUAAUGAGUCCAUGAGUCUCCUGUGCAAGAAGGUCUACAAUACAAGUAAUUUUAAUUUGCCUGUUGAAAUGGAGGAGCAAGCUAGCCGUAUUUUAAAGAGAUGUCGAGGUCUUCCACUCGCCAUUUCCACGAUAGGUGGUCUCCUAGCCAAUAGGCCGAAGACAAGUAUUGAAUGGAUGAAGAUGCAUGAACACCUUGGAGCAGAGUUGGAGUCUGAUCUUCGCAACAUCACAAAGGUGAUUGUCUCAAGUUAUGAUGGAUUGCCAUACCAUUUGAAAUCAAUCUUCAUAUACCUCAGUAUCUUCCUUGAAAACCAAGAGAUCAGAUGCACCCACCUAUUGAGGCGGUGGAUGGCAGAGGGCUACAUAGCAAAGAACCGUGAUAUGCCCGUGGAGGAGGUAGGGGAACGUUUCUACAAUGAGCUUAUCAAUAGAAGCAUGAUCCAACCCUCAAAGAAGAAGAUUAUCCCUGGUGUGAGAGUUGCUCGCUGCAUGAUUCAUAGUAUGGUGCGGCAGAUCAUCCUAUCCAAGGCAGUUGAGGAAAACCAACUCUUCCUCAUUGAGAAGCAGUGCAAUGAGGUACCACAGAGUAAGAUACGCCACUUGGUAGUAUCUAAGUGGAAAGGCAGGGAGGAGAAGCUAGAAAACAUAAAUCUGUCAUAUAUUCGAUCAUUGACGAUUUUUGGAGAGUGCCCUGUUUCCCUCAUCUCUCCUAAAAUGCGGCUUCUGCGAGUGCUGGAUCUAGAAGACACAAUCAAUAUGAGGAAUGAAGACCUUAGGCACAUUGGGGAGUUGCCUCACCUUAGUUACCUUUCCUUGAGAGGAACAGAGAUUUCAAAGCUUCCAUCUUCUUUGCAAAAACUUUGUUACCUAGAGACACUAGACAUUGAAGACACAAAGGUGACAAAGCUCCCUCAUGGAAUUUUUAAACUUGAGAAGCUGCGUUAUCUUCUUGCUGGAGUGAACUUCUCAAAAGAUCUAUUGCAAAAGCUGGUGCAACCAGAGAUGAAUAACAAAAACACAAACCUGUUGGGAAACAUGGCACCUUUUCUAUGCUGCAAUAGAAUGGAUUAUUGCAAUAUUUCCAACAUGGACCAACUCAGUGUAAGGGCUCCUGAAGGUAUCGAGAAGCUAAGGGACUUGCAUAUGUUUGGUGCAUUCAAUGUUGGCCAGGGCAAUGGUGUAGGAGGGAGGCUCGGGAAGCUGACUAACCUGCAAAGGUUAGGGGUCACAGUCAUAGGUCUCACUGAGGAAGAAGGCCAGGGGUUGUGCCAGUCAAUAGAAAAGCUUGGUCGACUGCAGCGACUUGAGGUGCGAUCUCAUUCUCUUGAGUUUCUUGCAAAAAUGGAUGAAUCAUCAACACCGAAGCAUCUAGCUUCACUCAAGCUGUUAGGCAAUCUAUUCAUAUUGCCCAAAUGGAUUACGUCGCUCAAUGAUCUGGCCACGGUGAAGAUGCUAGGAACAAAACUACAACAGGGACAAGUUGAUAUCCUCGGAAACUUGCGCAGUCUCGCUGCCCUUUGGUUGUGGGAGAGAUCCUACACAGGGGAGUCAUUGUGUUUCAGUGCUGGUAAGUUUCCAAAGCUCAAGUUCCUUGAUAUUGAUUGGCUAGAGAAUAUUGAAACUAUGGAAUUCAAGGAUGGUGCAAUGCCUGAGCUUGAGCGUCUUUGGUUGAACAACUGCAAAGCACUAUCUGACAAUGGUGAGGGCUUGUCCGGGGUGCCGUAUUUGCCAAACUUGAAUGAGCUUCUUGUGAAGAAAUGUGGCGAGAAGGAGAAAUUGAUGGAGAUACUGCAAUGGCAGGUUAGUGAACAUAGGAGGCGCCCUAAGUUCCUAAUUGGCAAGUCCAUUUUACCUACAGCCUCAAAGCCAAGCACAAGUGCAUCAGUUGUACAGUGA